CAUCUGUCAACUCAACUAGUCAUAAUUUUGAUUCUGAAGUAUUUUUUAAAGUUUACAUUGUAAGCGUAAACAGAGUAUUAUAUUAAUUUGUGUCGAUUAUAAAUUUCCUACAUAGCACUAUUUUCUUAAAGAUAAACAAUAAAUUAUAUUAAAAAAUAAAAUGUCAGUAACAAUACACACCGACGUAGGAGAUAUAAAAAUUGAGUUAUUUUGUGAGCAAUGCCCUAAAGCAUGUGAAAAUUUUCUAGCACUUUGUGCUAGUGAUUAUUAUAACGGUUGCUUAUUUCAUAGAAACAUCAAGGGUUUCAUAGUUCAAACAGGAGACCCAACUGGUACAGGAAAAGGGGGAAAUUCUAUAUGGGGUAAAAAAUUUGAUGAUGAGUUCCGAGAAGAGUUAAAGCACAAUUCAAGGGGAAUAGUCAGCAUGGCCAACAAUGGUCCGAAUACAAAUGGAAGUCAAUUUUUCUUUACAUACGGAGAACAACCACAUCUAGAUCUGAAAUAUACCACUUUUGGAAGAAUAAUUGAUGGAUUUGAGGCUCUUGACGAUUUGGAGAAGUUAGCUGUUAAUCCGAAAACUUUCAAACCUUUAACAGAAGUCAGGAUUACGUCUGUCACAAUACACGCAAACCCAUUAGCUGGAUAAUAAAAAUAUGAUAACAAAACUCAGCCUUUUUAUAUCCAUAAUCUAUGUCAAUGAAAACAUGUGUUGAUUAUUAAAACAUUUAUUUGGUUACGUCACCUACAUUAUAUGAAGAAAUAACAACUUUUCAACAAGAUA